ACGAACAUCAACAAACAUUUAUGCAGCCAAUAUUGUUUAAUAAUAAUGUCUCAAAAUAAUGAAAAUAUAAGUGAAUUGUGUCGAAUUUGUUUAAAUAAAAGUAAAUUAAUGUAUCAAAUAACUGAAAUGGAUAAAUUAGGAUUAGAUUCGUUGGAUUUUCCUUUAAAUUUUAAGUUAACAGAAACUUUUACUUCAUUAACAACAUUAUGUGAAGAUUGUACAAAGAAACUUGAAGGCUUUACAUCAUUGAUACAAAUUGCAAAAAGAACACAAUUAUAUUUAGAAAGUGUACAAUACGAUAUUUCAAACUUUUCUCCAUUAAAAAAUAAUGUUCAAAAUGAGUCGCAAGUUCAGUUAUUAUCAGAUAUAACUUAUGAUGAAGUGAUGGCCUCUAUAAAAGAAGCAAAAACAAUCUUUUAUUCCAACCUUAAUUGUAUAUCAUGUAAUUUCCUUGGUAUAAAUAGAAAAGGAUUAAUUUCUCAUGUUUCAAUUGUACAUAAAGAAUUAAAAACCAAGUGGUGCUCAAUUUGCAAUAAAUUAACACCAAAUUUAGAUCAUCACAAAAAAGAAAAUCAUUCUAAAGGCGAUUUAUGUUGUAAAUUUUGUAAAAAGAAUUUUAUUUUAAAUGAACACCUAAUUAAACACUUAUUGCAUCAUUUAUGUAGCAAUAAUAAGAAUAAUGAUCAGAAAGAUAUUAGUAUCGAUAUGGAAUGUGAAGUGCCAAGAGAAAAGGUCCAAUCUGAAAGUCAAUUAUGUAAUUUUUGUGGAAAAGUAUUUGAAACCCAUUCAAAGCUAAAGAUUCAUCUGAAAUCUCAUUCAAAUGAGAAACCUUUUAUUUGUACAUUUUGUAAUAAAAGAUUAAAAACGAGAUCUAAUUUAAAACAGCAUGAGAAUAUACACAGAGAAUGUAGAAGAUAUGUUUGUAAUAUUUGUGGAAAGACUUUUAAUCAAUCUAGCACAUUGAGGACCCAUCUAAAACUGCACGGAGACAAGGAUCAAAGCUGUAGAUUAUGUUUCAAGACUUUUUGUCGGUUGGCAGACUUGAAAACUCAUUUAAGAACUCAUACUGGGGAAAAACCGUUUCAGUGUGGCACUUGUAAGAUCCGUUUCAUUCAAAAAAGUCAUCUAACCGAACACGAAAAGUUACAUUUUGAUGUUAAACCCUUUAAAUGUUCGAUUUGUUUGAAAAGUUUCGCCCAAAAAUCUACAUUAAAGUCCCACCUUGACAUACAUUUAGGGAUUAAAAAAUAUAAAUGUAAAUAUUGUUCUUAUUCAGCCCGACAAAGUUACGUGUUGAAGACACAUUUGAAACAACAUGAAGAAUUAUAUAAUUUUGAAUAAGAUUAUAUAUUUAGAUGUAUUAAAAUAAAGUGUUUUUUAAAAGACACAAAAUUUAUUUAUAUACCUUUUACCAUUUAUGAUCACUAGAGUCCGGAAUUUUAUGCACAAAAUUUAUGCAAAAUAUGCGCAUAUAUAUGCAGUAAAUAUAAGAAAAUAUGCAAAUUUCAUAUAAAAAUAU